GGCUCUCCCUCCAUCAUGGAGCUGCUGGAUGCUAAGCUUGCUGGCGUCCGCGUUGAGAUCCUGGACAGCUUCGAGAGGCGUCUGUCUGGCCUGGAGAACCACUGUGAGGAGAGGAUAGGAGAGGUCCAGAGACAGUGUCAUAAUGAACACAUGAACGGACAGGAACAGAUUCAGCAGUCACUGGACAGCAGAGAGACUGGCCUGAGAGAGGAGCUGGGUACUCUGCAGGCCCAAAUACAGGGACUGACCCUCACUGAGAGCUGCUGCGGACAGGUGAACAGCCUGUCCCAGCGGGUGUUGAUGCUAGAGGAGUCAGUGACGGGGUUAACGGAGUCUCAGCGCCAGCUCCAGGCUGCUCUCACUGACCAGACUAUCCACAUCGAGACCCUGAUAGAGGCCCGUCUGGAGAACAUGGAUGGCCGGCUCAAUGCCACAGAGUCUGGGGAAGUAGGGGUUGCCAGGGUGCCUUGGGAGCUGGACGGCUUCAAGAACCUGGAGGACAAGCUGAAGACCCUGGAGAACAGGGUGUUUGUGGCCGUGGAAGAGCUGAGAAACGCCACCGCCCCAGCUCUGCUGGAGGGUCAGGUGGUGCCUGCCCUGGAGACAGAGAUCGAGUCAGUCAGGAGGAGGGUGGAGGGAGACCUGGACGGCAUUCAGAAACAGCUCACAGACCUGGAGCUCCUCUGCACCUCCUCCUGCUCCCCCGCAACUACCCCUGAAGGAGGCACGGGGACAGGCCUAGCAGAGGAGGAGUGUGGGGAGGUAGAGAAGAAGGUGUCAGGUCGUCUGGACUCCCAUGCCGACCAGCUAGACCAUCUCAACACCACGCUGCAGACCCUUCUGAACCGUAUCGCCCAGGAGGAUCAGGAAGGCUCUGUCCAAGGAGAGAUCACCCUCCUCAAAAUCAAUGUCAACUCUGUCAACCGCACCCUGAAGGGUCUGAGGGACUCGGUUAGCUUGUUCACUAAGGGAGUGGGCCAAGCUAAUGCCACAUGGACACACAGGGAGAACCAGCUAGCCACCGAGGUCCAGGGCAUCACCCAGCUGGUGGGGCGCCAGGCCUCCCUCCUAGGGGCCGGGGAGCGCCGAUUAGCCCAGCUGAAGGGGGAACUGGUGGGCCUGAGGAGGAGGCUGGCCGGAGAGCUGCAGGGCUGCUGGAGCACGGCCCUUGGGGUUCAGAGGGAGGUGAAGGAGGUGGAUAGUCGUGUGUCCCAGGUGGAGGGACAGUGUGGCAGCCUGGGGGAGCUGGCGGACCACCUGGAGAGGAUCAGAGCAGAGCUGGAGAGACACUCUGACUCGUACCUGUCACAGGUGAAUGGAACGCUGGCCAGUCACUCUACACAGCUAGCCGAGCUGAAGGGAGAGAUCAAAGACUGUGUCGGGAAGGGCUCAGCCAAUCAUAGGGGAGACCAGUAGCAGCCGAGCUACGGAGAGAGACUUAUGUGUGUCAGUAGUGUGAAGAGGAUUCACAUUUUCAUCUGCUUUCCUUCAUCUCCUCUGAUGGGAAAGUUGAGAAGAAAUUCAGGAUUCCAUCAUAUUGCUUUGACCUACCCUAACUGUUCAGAUCUGGGAAGGAGAGGAGAUGAGGAGAAGAGGCUAUUUGAAACUAUUGACAUGCACACUUGGUUGUAUAGUUGGGCAAUAUUUUCCCUAAAGGGAUAUUUUUGUUGUUGUUUUUCUGAUAUUUUUGUUCUUUUGACAUUUUAUUAGGAUUUUUAAUAACUGACUUUUUAACUUAUAUGAAGAAAUGAUGGUUGCAUUGUUAUACUUUACGUAUUAGAGAUGUGUGUAAAACCAAUAACAAAAACAAAGUGAAUGAUGUAAGACUAAUGAGCAGCUAUGGCUUUCUACUGGCAAACACACUCCACUCUGUGUGGACUCUUCCUUUAAAAAUACUGGAGCCUAUGUCAACAUGAAAGGUGCUAUAAUAUUUGUAAACAUUUAGGGUUUUUUAUUGUAAAAAAGAAAUGUAUUUCUCCUUAAAGUUUUGUGUUUUCUUCUUUGGUCAUUCUGAUGUCUAAGACGGAAUAGUAUUAUGCUGAAGAGUUUUGAUACUAAGGUGAACUAGUAGCCUGGUCCCAGAUCUGUUUGUGCUUCUCCAUCUCCAUUGCUCAUUGUCAAGCCAAACAAUGAGUGACGGGCAGUUGACAUGAUGGCACAAACCGACUGGCACUCAUACUAGGCCACUGGGCCUACUCAUACAA